ACUAGCGAUCUUGACUUGCUUGUCUCUUUCAUUGCGAUCCGGCCUGGCGCGCUACUCCUGGCUUUUUCACCAUGUGGCUAAUUGCCGGCCUAACAGCGGCCGCCCUUUCUGGGCUUGCUGCCGCAGCAACCCAACAGAGUGCCGAUGUCUACACGUUCCCGUCACAGUCGUCAUCAUCGCAAACGACCCCUAGCAUCCCCAGAGAAAUUGCCCGCCACAUCCUGCUCCAAAGGACAUCCCGGCAACGAUACGGCAGCGACCUGCGCGACAUUCCCAGCUCCAUCGACACCGAGACUGCCAUCGCCCACAUCGCGAGGUUCGGCAAGAGCCCAGCACCACUUUUUACCCGCCCCGACAAGAAUGAUGCCUCACAACUCGUCGUCCUUUUCGAGGGUGCUGCAGCCGAACAGUCCAACCAGAUCAGAGAGAAGCUCGGGCAGCAUGCCGCAUUCACCAUCUCGGAUCCUCCCUCGGCAACCGCCAACAAUCAUCUCAUGACGUUCUUCCGCAACCUCGGUGUUUCAUCAUCGCACCAGUGCGAACUAUCGGCAAUGAUUAACCCCUUUGAGGCGGACUGCUGGACGGGCCCGUCUUCAGUCGUUAAGUACGACUUGCGGAAGUCCCCCAAAACAUUAGAGUCCUUGUUUGACAACCUCUCCCGGCUUGAAAACUUCGUCUCCGCCGGCGACCUCGAACUCCUCCUCGUCGUCCUCCCCGAAUCAAGCCGCUUCUCCAAGUUCUCCCACUGGAGCGCCGCCGCCGCAGGCUCCUCCUCCGAACUCCGCCGCCGACGCGACACCGAGACGGUCAUAUCCGACCAAGAACUGGACCACAUCAACCCCACGACCAAGCCGGCCGCCAAACCCACCACCGCCGCCAGCACCCGCCGCACCAAGAAGGCCUUUCCGCAGUGCUUCGCCUCGCUCAACAGCUGCAUGACCCAAACCAACUCCUGCUCCGGCCACGGCAAGUGCGUCGACAAGUACGCUACCCCCGACGGUAGCGGCGGCAACAGCAGCAGUUCCUCCUCUACUUCGGCAGCAAGCUGCUUCGUGUGUGUGUGCCAGGCGACCGUGGUGGAGCACGGGGGCGAGGGCGCCGGGGCGAGGAAGGGCCGCAAGACGGUGCGCUGGGGCGGCAGCAUGUGCCAGAAAGAGGACGUCAGCGUACCGUUUUGGUUGAUUGCCGGGUUUACGGUGACCAUUGUCGGUGCUGUUAGCUUUGCGAUUGGCUUGCUGUUUAGUGUGGGUGAAGAGAAGCUGCCUGGGGUUAUUGGGGCGGGGGUGAGCAGGUCAAAGUAAUUUGGAGGGCUUGACUAAGAUGGAAGGGUGAUUGGAAAUGGGGUUCGGGCCGGUGAUCCUCAUGGGACCCUCUGGUUGCCGGGAUUUCAGAUUUUGUCCCCUUAAUCGCGGGACAAUCGUGGUGUAACAUAUUCUGGCGUCGGCGUGGUGAUAUGGGAUUUGGAUUCAUCGCUUUAGACAGUCAAAGCAUACAGUGCAUUUGUUAUAAUGACGCUAGCUCAUUUUGGAGAGCUAUUCCCAUGGAUCUCAUCGGCAAAUAGCAACCGAGU